CCAUUGCGAAGGGGCGGGAUAAACAACCUGCUACUGGGAAAUACCCCCAAGUAACCCAAGGCUGGUGCUGCAGAGUGGCAAAAGAGAAGUGGGGAGAGGUGAGAUGGAGCCUGACAUUUUCAAGGAAAGGGAGGAGCUUCAAAGAUGGAUGCUUAGAGAUGGAAUGAAGGGCAAAUACGAAAAUAUUUUCUGAAGGUCCCCUGGCAACCCUACUCUGACUAUGAUGAGGAGGCUUACUCGGCUGGGCCGUUGCCGGAGCUCUGUUACAAGGCGGAUGUCCAGGCUUUUAGUCGGGCCUUCCAACCCAGUGUCUCCCUGAUGGUGGCUGUGCUGGGUCUGGCGGGCAAUGGUCUCAUUUUGGCCACCCAUCUGGCAGCGCGACGAACUACCCGAUCUCCCACCUCUGUGCACCUGCUCCAGUUGGCCCUGGCUGACCUCCUAUUGGCCCUGACCUUGCCUUUUGCUGCAGCAGGGGCUCUUCAGGGCUGGAAUCUAGGAAGCGCCAUCUGCCGAACCGUCUCAGGCCUCCACUCGGCCUCCUUCCACGCGGGAUUCCUCUUCCUAGCCUGUAUCAGCGCCGACCGCUACGUGGCCAUCAAGCGAGCUCUCCCAGCCGGCCAGCGGCUAUCCACACCUGGCCGCGCGCACUUAGUCUCAGUCUUCGUGUGGCUGCUGUCGCUUCUCCUGGCUCUACCUGCACUCCUUUUCAGCCGAGACGGGCCACGGGAAGGCCAACGGCGCUGUCGGCUCAUCUUCCCCGAAGGUCUCACUCAGACCGUGAAGGGGGCGAGCGCUGUAGCGCAGGUGGUCCUCGGCUUCGCGCUGCCUCUCGGCGUCAUGGCAGCCUGUUAUGCGCUCCUGGGCCGCACGCUUCUGGCCGCCAGGGGGCCAGAGAGGCGGCGCGCGCUGCGGGUUGUGGUGGCCUUGGUGGCUGCCUUCGUUGUGCUGCAGCUGCCCUACAGCCUCGCCCUGCUGCUAGAUACAGCCGAUCUACUGGCAGCCCGUGAACGGAGCUGCUCCUCCAGCAAACGCAAGGAUCUAGCUCUGCUGGUCACCAGCGGCUUGGCACUGGUCCGCUGCAGCCUCAAUCCAGUGCUUUAUGCCUUUUUGGGCCUGCGUUUCCGCCAGGACCUGCGGAGGCUGCUACAGGGUGGGGGUUGCAGCCCAAAGCCCAGCCCUCAAGGCCGUUGUCCCCGCCGCCGACUCCGCCUUUCUUCCUGCUCAGCUCCCACUGAGACCCAUAGUCUCUCUUGGGACAACUAGGGCUAUGAUAGCUUCUGCGCUUAAUUAAAUGGAUACAAUGCAAAUAAGAUGCCACCCAACUACUGUUACUAUUUUUUUUUGAAUUACCAACUUUGGAAAUGAGUUGCAGCAGGGCCAAGGCAGUAGGUUACACCCCCACGCCCCUGCUUGAGCCUGAGUGGGAGGUAGGGGGGAGGGGAUUGCUGAGUCGGCUAAAGCUUUGAGUACUGACACUCCCACUGACUUUAGUCAGUCUCUGCCAACCGAGGUGAGGUGGGAAAGCUGCCAGGUGAGGAGGGGCGGAGCUCCUCCAGAGUCAGUGUAAGAAAGGGCUUUCUAACAACCCAGUAAUGGCUGCCUUAGCAAGUACCCAGGUCCCAAGAACGUGGAAUGUGCGGGGUGAUGCUGUCCCAAACUCUG